CCGGCCCUGAACGACCCUUCUCCUUUCCCCCAGGGCUACCAGCCAACCAUCUAUUACCCCAAAAGGCCUAACAAGCCACUCUUCAACGCGCUGGUGACCCAGUGCCAGAAAAUGGACAUCCCCUUCCUGGGUGAAAUGCCCCCAGAGCCCAAGCUGAUCGACGAGCUGUACGAGCUGGUGGUGGACGCCAUCUUUGGCUUCAGCUUCAAAGGGGAUGUCCGGGAGCCCUUCCGCGGCAUCCUGGACGUCCUGGGCGGGCUCACCGUGCCCGUCGCGAGCAUCGACAUUCCCUCAGGAUGGGACGUGGAGAAGGGGAACUCGGGAGGGAUCCAGCCCGACCUGCUCAUCUCCCUGACGGCGCCCAAAAAGUCCGCGGCCCACUUCACCGGCCGCUACCACUACCUGGGGGGCCGUUUUGUGCCACCGGCUCUGGAGCGGAAGUACCAGCUGAACCUGCCACCCUACCCUGGCACAGAGUGCGUCUACCGCCUGCGCUGAGCCGGGCGCCAGGCGGCCCUCCCAGUAAACCCUCAUGGCCUCCUGGAGCAGACCUGGCACUGAGGGUCCCUGGCGGCCGGAGAGCUGCACUGGGGACGAGGCGCCACCUCUCUGGGGGAGCAGAGCAGGCGGGGCAGCUGCCGUGGCCUCAGGGGCACUGAAAAUGGACUUUCAGAUGCUGGGAAAAAACUCUCGAGGGACGUUCUCUGAGCUUCCUCCUCCCACUAACUGGGCAGCAAGACCGUGGGGGGGGGGGGGUUGGUGAACACAAUAAAUUGCUUGAAGCGUCA